UCCCCCAUUGUCCACAGCCCAGCUCUCUCUUUUUGCUGCUCCUCUGUUACUAUACCUCAACUUCUCAUUCCUCGUCGCCCGGUUCAGCUGCCAUGGCGGUUCAUGGCUUCACUUUCAGCAUCUCAUGGACGCUGUUGAUGUUGAUUUUACUAGGAGCGCAUGAAGCCACGAGGUUAGACAGUUGGCAGUCGGUGGUUCAAUUGCCGACUGGGUCGGAUGAACCGGUGGAUGUUGACAGAGAAGUUGGCACUCGGUGGGCGGUUCUGGUGGCGGGUUCAUCUGGCUAUGGAAAUUACAGGCAUCAAGCAGAUGUGUGCCACGCGUACCAGUUGCUUAGAAAGGGAGGGCUGAAGGAAGAGAACAUAGUGGUGUUCAUGUAUGAUGACAUAGCUAUGAACGCGUUGAAUCCCAGGCCUGGAGUCAUCAUCAACAAUCCUCAGGGGCCAGAUGUAUAUGCUGGCGUCCCCAAGGAUUACACAGGAGAGAAUGUGACAGCAGAGAACCUGUAUGCAGUAAUUCUUGGCGAUAAGAGUAAAGUGAAGGGUGGAAAUGGUAAGGUGAUCAACAGUCAGCCCAAUGACAGGAUUUUCAUCUAUUACUCUGAUCAUGGAGGUCCCGGUGUUCUGGGGAUGCCAAACCCGCCGUAUAUUUAUGCUAAGGAUUUCAUUGAUGUUUUGAAGAAGAAACAUGCAUCUGGUGGUUACAAGGAGAUGGUUAUAUAUGUGGAAGCUUGUGAAAGUGGGAGCUUAUUUGAGGGUGUAAUGCCCACAGAUCUGAAUGUGUAUGUAACAACCGCAUCGAACGCAGAAGAAAGUAGCUUCGGAACAUACUGUCCUGGGAUGGAACCUCAUCCGCCUCCAGAAUACAUCACUUGCCUUGGGGAUUUGUAUAGCGUUGCUUGGAUGGAGGACAGUGAGACUCACAAUCUGAAGAGAGAAACUAUAGAGCAACAAUAUGAGACGGUUAAGAGGCGGACUUCCAAUUCUAACAACUUUGCGCUUGGUUCCCACGUGAUGGAGUAUGGGGACAGCAGGAUCAAGCCUGAAAAGCUUUAUAUGUAUCAAGGUUUUGAUCCUGCGACCGUCAACUUCCCUCCCGGCAACGUCAGGUUAAGAGCGCAAAUGGAAGUCGUUAACCAGAGAGACGCGGAUAUUUUCUUCAUGUGGCAGAUGUAUAAGAGAACCGGAAAUGAAGCAGGAAAGAAGGCGAUGAUUCUGAAGCAGAUUACAGAGACGGUGAAGCACAGAAAGCAUUUAGAUGGUAGUGUGGAAUUGAUCGGAACGUUUCUAUUUGGACCGGCAAAAGGUUCCUCUGUUUUAAACUCAGUCAGACCAUCCGGGUUGCCCCUGGUGGAUGAUUGGAAGUGCCUAAAAUCAAUGGUGCGGGUGUUCGAAACUCACUGUGGGUCGCUGGCUCAGUAUGGCAUGAAACACAUGCGUGCGUUCGCCAAUAUUUGCAACAAAGGCGUUUCUGAGGCCUCCCUGGAGGAAGCUUGCAUGGCGGCCUGCACUGGCCACGAUAGGCUCUGGCCUCCAUCCAAUAGGGGUUACAGUGCUUGAUCUUUUUGGCUCUUCUCAAUUGCUGCCAUCAUCCUUGUUUUGUGGAUUGUAGUCUUUAUGAACAAUUGUGUUUUGUUUCUCUGCAAUUUCUAAUUUGAGGUAGCUAAAUAAAUAUCCUUCAUAGUUUUAUAGAUAACACCAGGCAAACCAGUAGCCCUCAAAUGUCAGAUUUAGGGCAUACAGUAUUGUCGUUGACCUUAAUGUGCAUAUAUAGAUGUGCUGCUAUAUAUUUCACACUUGGAGGGAAAUAAUUUGUACCACGACAAUUGAUUUUAAAUGACAAGAAGUAAUGUCGAAUGAUAGCGAACUGGUGCAGUUCUA